AAAAGGAAUUGGGAUUGAGCGAACAGGAGACUUCCUGCGCUCCUUGACACGCGUCCAUCAUCUUCUCAGACACUGUCCCCAAGACGUCCACGGAGUCUCAGAAGCCACGCCCACCCCACGCUCGCGGACUUAUCACGGGGACUGUGUCCAGUUUCCACACAGUUCGGAUUUGGACCGGAUGUAGUUCAGAGCUCGUUUCCUGUUUUAUAUGAUUGAAACGGUUGCGCUUGUUGCGUUUUUUUGAUUGCUUUAAUUAGAGAGAAGCAGGAGAAAUCUCGGAUGGAGGGAUGUUUCCUUAAAAAAGAAGUGCAGGCGACUCCUCGGCGCUAGGAUCCGGCGGCGCGGUGUGCCCCUCUCUCUCUCUCUCUCUCUCUCUCUCUCUCUCUCCUUUUUUUUCUCCCGAGCCUGUUUGAAAGUCUCCGCCACACGCUCGGGCUACUUCCUGGAUGGAUGGCGGAAUGGAGAGCUUCCAGCGCCGCAGCUCCGUCCUCCCCGCCGUCUCUCCUCGCGCUGUGGCGUGAACGCGACGCGCGCGCUCCCCUCCCUUUUAUCCCAGCCCCCCCGUUUUCCGCGCGCGCACACUUCCCUCGAGCCUGGGCCGCCGCGCGAAAAGAAAAAAAAAAAUUCUAAAAAAGAAAAUCCACGUCCACGCGCGCGGUCAUGUCUUAUUAUUACAUUACCUUCAAGGAGUAGCAGCCGCGCCGCGUGAGGAGCUUUUAGGAGAAGCAGCAGAAGAAGAAGGAGGAGAAGGAGAACUGGUUUUUUUCCUGGACGAACUUGACUUGAAAAUUCCUUGUCCAAAAAACCCCCCCCAGAAACUGCAGUUUUGUUUGUUUGUUUGUUUAUUUGUUUGCUAAACCGGACGUUUGUUUAGGAUAACUUCAAGCCAACAGUUGCUCCUGAGGGCCGGCUGUCGAUGUGCGCUGUGCCAUGCCGAGGCUUCAGCAACCGGGUCGCUGCUGCUGCUGCUGCGGCUGGAUUCUGGCGGCUUUAACGCUGGCAGCCUGCGCGGUUCUCCGGGCCCACGCGCAUCCCGCGCUGUCCGGAGGCGAUCAGGUGGAACGGCAUGGCUGGGUGACCGGGGAGAGACAUCGCAGAGCCGCCGAGGAACCAUACUGGGCAUAUUCAGGGGCGUAUGGACCAGAGACGGGAUGGGCGUCGGCUUAUCCGGAGUGCCAAGAGAGGAACCAAUCGCCGAUCAAUAUAGCCGACCAGGAUACCAGGGUCUCUAUGGAGUACCAGGAGUUAAUCCUGGAUGGCUUUGAAGCGGAAUCGUCUAACAAGACAUCAAUGAAGAACACAGGCAAAACUGUCGCCAUCCUGCUGAAGGACGAUUACUUUGUGCAAGGUGCAGGACUGCCGGGUCGCUUUAAAGCUGAGAAGGUGGAGUUCCACUGGGGCCAGAGCAACGGUUCAGACGGCUCCGAGCACAGCAUCAACGGCAGGAGGUUCCCCGUCGAGAUGCAGAUCUACAUGUACAACUCAGACGAUUUCGACAGCCUUAGCGCAGCCAUUAGGGAGAAGCGGGUCAUCGCCGCUAUGGCCGUCUUCUUUCAGGCCGGCCAGAAGGACAAUCCAGCGGUAGACCCCAUAAUCCACGGCCUGAGAGGAGUCGUGCAUCACGAGAAAGAGACAUUUCUGGAGCCCUUUGUUCUGAGGGACCUGUUGCCAUCUUCUAUUGGGAGCUACUACCGGUACAUCGGCUCUCUCACUACUCCACCCUGCAGUAAAGUCGUCGAGUGGAUUGUCUUCAGCCGGCCCGUCUUCCUGUCCUACAGACAGCUGGAGGCGUUCUACUCCAUCUUCACCACCGAGCAGCAGGACCAUGUGAAGUCAGUGGAGUACCUACGCAAUAACGUUCGCCCACUGCAGAGCCUGGACAACCGGGAAGUGUACAAAUCUGCCGUCAAAGACGCCUGGCAGUCCUAUCUGACAGACCCCUAUGGCACAGAGUCCUCCAAAGCCUGCAGCAGUGCUCCCAUCAACAUGCAAGUUCAGCCUCUGAAUAAAACAGCCCUGGUGGUGCGAUGGUCCCGGCCCGAGAUUAUCUAUGACCCGCCCAUCAUCAGCUACCUCAUCUCAUACAGCUGGACCCGAAACGACGAGGAGUACGAGGAGACGUACUUCAAAGGAAGUGAUCAAAAACUGGAGGCUGUUAUCAAGCCAGUUUCACCAGACGUGCUGUAUCUCUUCCGAGUCCAGGCAGUGUGCUUGAACGACAAGCGCAGCGACUUCAGCCAGAGCAUGUUGUUCAGAGCAAACACCACCAGAAUAUUUGAAGGGACGAGGAUCGUGAAAACAGGAAUGCCUACAGUGUCUCCUGCUUCAUCGGCUGACAUGGCUCCCAUUAGCUCCGGUUCGUCCACCUGGACCUCUUCAGGCCUGCCUUUUUCUUUCGUCUCCAUGGCGACUGGCAUUGGACCUUCUUCCAGCGGUAGCCAGGCUACAGUGGCAUCCGUGGUAACCAGCACUCUGCUGGCAGGGCUGGGCUUCAGCGGCGGUGUCAUUUCCUCCUUCCCCAGCUCCGCUUGGACCAGUCUCCGCCCCCCGGCCCAAACUCCACCGACUACUGCACCCACAGAACAGGCUUCUCCCACCACCACCCCGGAAAACGCCCAGAACCAAGCAUCGGAUGACAACGCCGGAGGUGAGAACACCAUCAAUCCUGAGGGUGAGGAGGGUGAAAGGGAAGGCGAGGAAGAAGAAGAGAAGGACGAAGAAGAUGAUAAAGGAGCGGAGGGCAAAACCGCGAAGAACGCCCCAGAUGACGUCCAGACGCAGGUGAACAGUUCAGCAGACCAAAAGCCACCCACAACAGCGCCCGACUCCACUGCCAAGGAGAAAGGAGGAAGAAAGGAGGACAGAGUGAUGCCAUCCACUGUAACACAGGACACACAAACAGAGAGGACAGAGGACGAGGAGGAAGCCGCUGUGACCCCCAGCACAGAGUCUGGGAUUGCGGGGAAUGACAGUGUGGUGCUUCAGGUCCCAGAAGUCCCUCCGAAUAGUGGGAAAGGCAGCAUGGGGGACAGGAGUCAAUGGCCCUUCUCCUUUCAUACAGAACGGACCGUAAUCUCCAAUAUGCGACCAGUUCCCGGGUCAGGCAGGAUGGAGUGGAUCAUUCCUCUAGUAGUGGUGUCUGCUCUGACCUUCCUCUGCCUCAUCCUGCUCCUCGCCGUCCUCGUCUACUGGAGGAGGUGUUUCCAGACGGCUCAUUUCUAUGUGGAGGACAGCAGCUCUCCAAGAGUGGUGCCCAAUGAGAGUAUUCCAGUUAUCCCUAUCCCAGACGACAUGGAGGCGAUCCCUGUAAAACAGUUCAUCAAGCACAUAUCAGAUCUGUAUGCCAACAACCAGCAUGGAUUCUCUGAAGACUUUGAGGAAGUGCAGCGUUGCACAGCUGAUAUGAAGAUCACAUCAGAACAUUCAAAUCAUCCAGACAACAAGCACAAGAACAGAUACAUCAACAUUGUAGCAUAUGAUCACAGUCGAGUGAAGCUGAGGCCAUUAGCCGGCAAGGACUCCAAACACAGUGACUACAUCAACGCUAACUAUGUGGACGGUUACAACAAGCCCAAGGCGUACAUUGCUGCUCAGGGCCCCCUCAAAUCCACCUUCGAGGACUUUUGGAGGAUGGUGUGGGAGCAGAACACAGGGAUUAUUGUCAUGAUCACCAACCUUGUGGAGAAAGGACGGAGAAAGUGUGAUCAGUACUGGCCGACGGAAAACAGCGAGGAGUACGGUAACAUCGUGGUGACGUUGAAGAGCAGCAAAGUGCACGCCUGCUACACACUCCGACGCUUCACCAUCCGCAACACCAAAGUCAAGAAGGGUCAGAAGGGCAGUGUAAAGAGUCGUCAGAGUGAGAGAACAGUAAUCCAAUAUCACUACACUCAGUGGCCUGACAUGGGCGUUCCUGAGUACACACUGCCUGUGCUCACUUUCGUCAGGAAAUCUUCUGCAGCACAGACACCGGAGAUGGGCCCUAUGCUCGUCCACUGCAGUGCUGGCGUGGGCAGAACAGGAACGUAUAUCGUGAUUGACAGCAUGCUGCAGCAGAUUAAGGAUAAAGGCUCCGUCAACGUGCUAGGUUUCCUUAAACACAUACGCACACAAAGGAACUACUUGGUUCAAACUGAGGAGCAGUAUGUUUUUAUACAUGAUGCCUUGUUGGAGGCCAUACUGGGGAAGGAGACGGAGGUUUUGUCUGGGCAGCUGCACAGUUACGUCAACAGCAUCCUGACCCCUGGCCGGAGCGGCAAAACCCGGCUCGAGAAACAGUUCAAGCUUGUGACUCAGUGUAAUUCCAAGUUUGCGGAGUGUUUCAGCGCACAGAAAGACUGCAACAAGGAAAAGAACCGCAACUCCUCUGUCGUUCCAUCGGAGAGGGCGCGUGUCGGCCUGGCUCCACUUCCUGGAAUGAAAGGCACAGAUUACAUCAAUGCCUCUUACAUCAUGGGUUACUACCGCAGCAACGAGUUCAUCAUUACCCAGCAUCCUCUGCCUCACACCACUAAAGACUUUUGGAGGAUGAUCUGGGACCAUAACGCGCAAAUCAUCGUCAUGCUUCCUGACAACCAGGGGCUGGCUGAGGAUGAGUUUGUUUACUGGCCGAGUCGAGAGGAAGCCAUGAACUGUGAAGCCUUCACCGUCACGCUCAUUAGCAAAGACAGACUCUGCUUGUCCAACGAGGAGCAGAUCAUCAUUCACGACUUUAUCCUGGAGGCUACACAGGAUGACUACGUGCUGGAGGUGCGACAUUUUCAGUGCCCAAAAUGGCCCAACCCGGAUGCGCCCAUCAGCAGCACGUUCGAGCUCAUCAACAUUAUUAAGGAAGAGGCCAUGACCCGAGACGGACCCACUAUAGUGCACGACGAGUAUGGAGCGGUGUCAGCGGGGAUGUUCUGCGCCCUCACCACUCUGAGUCAGCAGCUGGAGAACGAGAACGCCGUCGGCGUCUAUCAAGUGGCCAAGAUGAUUAACCUCAUGAGGCCUGGGGUCUUCACCGACAUUGAGCAGUACCAGUACCUUUACAAGGCUAUGCUGAGUCUGGUGAGCACUAAAGAGAACGGAGCUGGUCCUGUGUCCAUAGAGCGAAACGGCAGCAUGGCCCUGUCUGACGAAUCGGACCCUGCCGAGAGCUUGGAGUCUCUCGUCUGAAUUAUACACACACACACACACACACACACACACACACACGCCAGGAGGCGCUUAACUUUCUUUGUAAAACUUCAAGGACUAAGACAGACUUUUUUUCUGAGGCCUUUUUUGCCAGAACUCUUGGUUAAAUGAAUAACCCGAUUACUUUUUUACACUGAUAAAAAGUUUUUUGAUAUUUAUUUUUUUUCCCUCGCCAUUUUAUGUCUUAAUGUUAUCCUACUGAACAUUUGCACCUCUGUUUUUGAGUUCACGACAACAAACACACUUCUGUCUAGUUUGCACUAUGAAAAUAUCAGUGUUACUGCCUACUUCAGUCCUACGCUCUCUAUUGUUUUGUUUCGUUUUUCUUUCCUUUUCUUUUUUUUAUCCUUUCUGAUUGUUCUCACGGAAACCAGAUUUUGACAUUCCAUUAGGAAGCUACACUCGACAGCUUGGAAAUAAUCGCGAAAAGAUUUAAAGAUCCCACUCUUUUAGAAAAUCAAAAAUCGUGAGAAACAAAACGAAAACAGAAGGUCGCCGGCAUUCGGAGUCGUCGACAAGCAAUAUUGGGUUUCUGCGCUUAAUUCCGACAUCAUAACGGAUUUUUUUAUGAUUUUUUUUUUUUGCAUUAUGCAUAUAUUACGCCUGAAUCAUUAACUUUCUGCAGGUGGUAUUAAAACAGCUACUGUGAACUUUCCUCUUUUUUUUAUUUUUUGAAUGAUUCAUAUUAUGCUUUUAAUAUAUAUAUGAAUAUAUCGUAUCUCAUUAUAACUUGUGGUUUUGUAAAAAACAAAAGAGAAAAAAAAGUUAACCAUCAUAAGCAACUGGUUCCUUGCAGGCUUGGUUCAAUGGUUUUUUGCCUCACGCUUUUCAAUAGCAGUCUCCACGUCCUCUCUAGCACCCCCUGCUGGUUUUUAUUUCUUUACCCCGCAGGCUGCUGCUAAACACUCUGACUUUGCUCGAAUGGGGAAAUCCUAGUCAUGCGCGCUUUACCGUCGGUUAUCAAGUUCAUCGUUUCUUUUCGUUUAUUUCUGCGUACGUGAUUCGCAUCGGUCAGGUCUCGAUGCCUUCUGUAAAGUCUCGAUCUCAUCUCCGCACGUGUGCGACGUAAGAGUGUGUGUCGUGUGUGGUGCUGAGUCAGUUUACUCGACGUGUGUAUAAUAUAUUCCGGGAAGAAAUGCAGACCGUACACGGUCCAUGUCGCUCACGUCCUGCCUCCGUGUCUCAAAGUCUUUUCACUUGUAUCCCAAGUCUUACAAACGCCGUGAACAAAAACAAACAGGAGCAGGAGCGUGUGUGGACGGUGUGUAUCGUGUCACACAGCAGCACAAUGAUGGCCUUGUUAACGCACCAGUUACCCAACAGCUGCACAAGGAACAUUUGAUUUGUCAAGUUUUACCAAAGACUUCAACUUCAACAUUUCACAAGUCUGGUUGUGUCUGUGGCAGAUGUUGAGAUGGUGUGUGUGUGUGUGUGUGUGUGUGUGUGUGUGUGUGUGUGUGUGUGUGAAUGAAUUACACGAGACUGAGGUCCCAACUUGGUUCAUUUAGCACUUUUUAUCCAAUUUUAUAAAAAAGUCACCAUAGACAGUAAAAUGCUUUUUUUUUUGUUGUUAUUAUUGUUGAAAUAUUUGUGCUUUUGUGAUGACAAGAUCAAGGCUUUGACACCACAUUCUUGAAAAGGCAGCGACGUUGUUCGUUUUUGCCUUCUUAACUAUUUGUUGACUUUUUGUUGUAAUUUUAUUUCUCAACAUUCUUCCUGAUGUCUACCUUGUUCGGCUCGGGUGUCGAGCCUUUGCUUAUAUGCUGCAAUUUCACCAUGUAUCUUUCUCCUCUUUUUCUUCGAAUGUACAUGUUUUAAUAUAUAUUUUUUUAGUUCGUCUGUCCAUCGGUUUUCUUCACGUUAUCUCCUGGUGUACGUUUCUAGAAUUUUAUUUUCGUAUAAAACCGUCUCAGAAUCUCAGCUCUCUGGAUGUUUUGUGCAAAAACAAAAAUGUACAAAAAAAGAAAAAAGUGAGUGUGUGUGUGUGAGAGAGAGAGAGAGAGAGAGAGAAUAACCCGGUGGUUCAUUCAGCGAGUGACUGACGUCUCAUGCCUCAUAUACCAAUAUACCACAAGGCAGUGAUUGUGAUAUUCUCUUAUUGUAUUGUUGAUUGUUUUUCAUUUCCUUCAAUGAGAUUAUAGUUUUGUUUUUGUUCUUGUGUUGUUGUUUUUUUUAUUCUGAGGGUGUCAUAGGCAAGCUCCACUGAUUAAGUUUCCCUCAUUCACUUCUGUAAUGCAGGCGGGUGUUGAACGACAUCAUAUACCCUGUUUUUUGGCAUCUGGUAUACCACAAAACGAAGGACAAAAAAAUGUGUUUUUCUUGUUUUGUUGAAAGCUAUAUCAAAGCAUUCUAUUAUAGUGUUAUUUAAUAUGUAAAUUGUAUUGCUAUACAUAAAAUAAAAUAUGGGUUUUGAUGUACUUUAA